AUGGACUCUUCCUCGCGAGACAUGCUCCGCGUUUAUCUCGCCUCAGGUACCGAGCUGGCUGCUUUCACCACCGAAGACCUCAGCAGUGUUGAGAAAGUGCGCGCCCUGAAGCAACGUCUAGAGAGCCUCUGCGGGCUGCCUCGGUUCAGGCAGAGGCUUCUGUAUGACGGUGUCGCUUUGGAGGAUGACAUUGUAUUGGCGACACCCAUGGACCUGCACUUGCUACUGCUGCCCUUGUCUGAUGACUACCAGAAGGCCAGGGAGCUAGUGGAGGCUUCUGCCCGCGGCUUCUUGUCUCAGGUUGAGGCACUUCUGCAGUUACCACAAGACCCAGACGUUAUUACGCAAGACCAGCAGGAGGAUCACGGGACCAACGCAGGCGAUGCUUGGGGGGAUCCUCCCCUGAUGUGCGCGUGUCUAAGCAAGCACUUUGAGAUGGUGCAGCUGCUUGUAGAAGCAGGUGCUGACGUGAACAAGCCGUCUGAAGAAGGUGUUUUCCCACUCUACCUCGCCACGUGUGCGGGCCACAUGGGAAUGGUGCGAACGUUGUUAGAAGCUGGCGAUAGAAUCCCUGCUUCGGGACAAGAUCCUUCCGCUGAGCGUCAUGGUGAUGACACAACAGCGCUGCAUCUAGCGGUGCGAGCCAACAGCACAGAGCUGCUGCAGCUGCUUCUCAUGUUUAGGGCAGACAAGGAUGGCAAAGAUUCUCACGGAAACUCGCCCCUCCUGUUGGCAUGUCUCCUUGGGUUUCAUCGGAUGGUCCUGACGCUUGUUGCAGCGGGGGCCGACAAGGAGGCAAGGAGCGGUUAUGGGGAGACACCGCUUAUAGUUGCCACUUUUGCCGGCGACAGUGGGAUUGUGUCAACUCUUUUGCUCAGCUCUGCAGAUCACGAGGCAAGAAAUGCAGUUGGCAAAACGCCUUUGGAGGUAGCUUGCGAUUGCAACCACGGAGAUGUUGUGAAGCUGCUCGUCCUUGCUGGUGCUGAUAAGAACAGCCGAAACGCAGACGGCGAAACGCUUCUCGAUCUGUUCAGAUCAAAAGUCCAGGUUUCAGUUGGGUGCAUUUGCUGGAUGGAGAUGCAAGAGGAAGAUUUGGCAAGUAUCCGGUUGGAUGCCGGCACCCUUCAAAAGCUUGAUCCAUUAGCAAAGGCAUAUACGCUCACCAUAUUGGCAGACAUUGGCGCUUUCCCGCGGCCAGGAGCCAACGGGCGCCUAACUGCCAGGCAACUGACCGAGCUGCAAGUUCAAAUCUCCUGGGACGCUGCUGCCUUCAUACCUGAAGGCGUGGCUGAGGCCAAGAACUAUUGGGUCUACUCCUCCAUGCUUCUCGAGUCCGACAACCGAACCAACAUGGCCGUGUUCUUGCGCUCCGACAAGAUCAUGAACACUGUUUGUGGCUUGCAGAACAACACGGACCGCCAGUACACGAUCGUGCCAGCCUCGCAAUGCAGCAAUGGCAAGUGCAACGUUACGAUCGACGGAGUCAUCACCGACAAGAGGUAUGUCUUCAACAUCGUAGCCGAGUCAUCGAGGGAUCAUCGAAUGGCUUAUGUCUGUGCCUCAGUUGACUUGGAGCUCGAGCGCUUCCGCGUCCAACGCAGAGACGGCACCCGAAGGGAAGAGCUGGGCAAGUUAGCCUGGAGAAGGGCGGGCAUGCAGCACGAGCCGCCCAGUGCCGAACGCCUCCCAGGACAUACUCGCACACGCAGGGAUUUGGAAGUCCUUGAAAAAAGUACCUUGUUUUGGUGA